UCGCCUCCUCUUCCGACGACACUAAUACACACACAGAGCAAACUAGAAUCUUUCUCCUUUGAUCCAGCCUCACAUCAACCGAGGAAGAUGACUGAUAAGGCGAAGAGAAGUCGAACACACUUCAACGGAUCUCACCACCCUGUCGUCGACUUCUGGCGACGAGAAGUCGGUGGAAUCUCUCCUCGCAGCUUCUCCGAUCGCUUCUCCGCCUCCGAGAAUAUGGUUCUGCGCUUAGAGAUAUACCGGAAGCUAGCGAAGCACAAAGGCUGCGUCAACACAGUGAGCUUCAACGCCCAAGGAGACAUUCUCGUCUCUGGCUCCGACGAUCGACGUGUCCUUCUUUGGGAUUGGGAGCUCGGGAAUGUCAAGCUUUCGUUCCACUCAGGGCACUCUAACAACGUCUUCCAGGCCAAGUUCAUGCCUUUCUCUGAUGAUCGGACCAUUGUCACCUGUGCUGCUGAUGGCAUGGUUCGGCGUGCGAGUGUUCUCGAGAGUGGGAAAGUGGAGACUGUGUUAUUGGGGUUGCAUCAAGGACCAGCUCAUAAGCUCUGUAUUGAGCCUGGAAACCCUCAUAUCUUCUACACUUGUGGUGAAGAUGGUUUAGUACAACGCUUUGAUCUGAGGACACAAGCUCCUACAGAACUAUUCACAUGCCAAGCAGUUAAUCCUAGGAGGAGGCACUUGGAAGCUGCGCAGCUAAACGCUAUUGCAAUGGACCCUAGAAACUCCAACCUCUUGGCUGUUGGUGGGAUGGACGAGUACGCUCGUCUCUACGACAUCCGUAGACUUCAUGGAGACGGUUCUAGCCGAGCUGCAGAUCAUUUCGCUCCUCCACACCUCAUUGGCGAUUUACACGUUGGAAUAACCGGUUUGGCCUUCUCGGAACAAAGUGAACUCCUUGUUUCAUACAACAACGAGUUCGUUUAUCUUUUCACGCACGAUAUGGGAUUAGGGUCUAACCCUAUGCCAUCCUCUCCAGAAGAUGAUAGCAAAAGUUCUGUUCCUAUGGCUUAUAAGGGUCAUAAGAACGUUGAGACGGUUAAGGGUGUGAAUUUCUGUGGACCGCGGUCUGAGUAUGUGGUUAGUGGGUCAGACUGUGGUCGGAUAUUUAUAUGGAAGAAGAGAAGCGGAGAGCUUAUUCGUGUUAUGGAAGCAGAUAGGUAUGUGGUUAACUGUAUCGAGCCUCAUCCGCAUAUACCAGUGCUUGCUAGCAGCGGUAUCGAAAACGACAUCAAGGUGUGGACCUCGAAGGCAGCUGAGAGAGCUACGUUACCUGACAACAUCGAAAUGCAGCGCAAGAGAAAGCCGAGGGGAUGGAUGUAUCGUGUAUCUUCACCACGGGAGCUGUUAGCACAACUCUUCUUUCUACAGAACAGAAGCAGAUUCAGUGAAGACAGAGAAGAAGGAGAAGCUUCUUCAUCCUCCACUGGAAGAGAACUUCUUGAUCUUAUCCUCAACUUCAAUGAUGAUGAUGAUGAACAUGUGUCUGAUAAUGGUGAAGAUGGCGUUAGCCGUGACGACUUCUUCUCUUAAAAUCAGUGGUCUUUUUACAGAUAACUUGUUUUGAAUAAUUGUGUAAAUAUUCUCGGUUCCACUAGAAACCAGACAUACCAACCACCUGUUCUGUUUUUUUCAAAAUCAGUGUUUCCAAAUACCAUUGUUGUGUUUCAUUGUCAAAUAAAAAAAUUUCUUUUA